AUGUGAUAAAAAAAUAUAGUUUUUUAAAUAAUGGCUGAAGACAAAAAGGUUUUGACGGGGUUCCAGCUGCGAAGAAUGGGAUUUCCCCAGGAUUCGCGCUACAGCAUCGUCAGAAAAUUAUUUAUUGGAGACCUCUUCGUUGGUCGCUACUUAAACCCGACGGCGAAUCAACUCAAUUUGGUGUCGACUUACGUGUCGAAGACUCAUUGCCGAAUCGAGUGCCUACCAAAUGGCCAGAUAUUCCUGCAUGACAUCUCGUCAAAUGGAACUUUUGUCAAUGGCAUAAAUUAUAAGCAAACAACCAUUGAAUUGAGAGAUAAAGACAAAAUUGGAGUGGGAUUCCCAGUUAAUGAAAGCAACGCCAUGAAUGGCAAAUCCUUUUUUGGUUUCAUUCUGGAGAGGACAGAGAGCGCAAUAAAGCAAGAGGUGAAAGAAGAAAUGCGAGACGACCAGGAUACCGAACAUGAAUUGGUGAUUGAUGAAAAUUUCAGAAGCAGAUCUGUGACGCCUCAUUCUCAACCGAGUAUCUCACCGCUGCCAAAUUCGAUUCCGGAACCACCUGUUGCUGCUCCCGUGCAACAAAAUGGCAUUCGUAUAGCAAAUUGCGUGUCACUACCGCCAGAUGACAAUCUCAUUCCAAUUGCUGAGCCAGUCAUCGCUCAAGUGAGACAAGAAGACGACGAAUUGGGUAUUGAUUUCAAAGAGGAACUCAUUAAACGAGAGCUGGAAGAUGAUAUGGGUGCAUUUACGGAAGAAGAAGACGAUGACGAAGUCGAAUAUGUAUCAAGUUACAAAUUGGACAUUCCAUUGAACAAGAAUUCCUCGAUGCCAUUCCCUUACAUUGAACAAUUUUCGGAAGCGAUAUUGCCGCCCGAUGAUGAAAGUCAUCAAAGUAGCACCCAAACACUCUUGAGCGAUCUCCUUGGAAGUGAAUCAAAUGAGACAACAGCUGAACCUGCCGAAAAUGUGCCUUUAGUCGAAGAAAAUGUUGAAGAAACACCGUUUAGAGUUCCAUUGCCACCGAAAAGUCCCAUAAAUGAUCUACAGCCUUCCACUUCGACAGCUUUACCGAACGAUUCUGCGAUUUCUUCGAAUCUUAGUGAGGUUUUGAGAGCCACGGAUUUGGAUACGGUGUUGAAUUUGUUAGCAGACGUGCAUGGAAUGGAUCAUUUGAUGAAGAAAUUUAACGAAAUCAAACGUAAAAUGAGCAAAGAUGACCAUCACGAGAAAUCUAAGGAUCUAAAUGAGAAGAAAAAAUCGUCAAAAAAUCACAAAAAGUCUUCGAAUCACAAAAAUGGUUCGAAAUCAAAAGAAAAACAUUCCCACGAAAAACCAAAAGAAGCUCCAAAGCCCGAAAAAGAACGCCGAAAGUCAAUGGAAAAGCCGUCAACCUCAUCAAAAGACUCAAAAUCAGUUGAAAAAAGGAGAAAAUCAGUUCCUGCUAAUUCUGUUGAGCCCGAACCCGUUGAGGACAUUCCCAAUGAAGAUGAACAGCAUUCACCCUUGCAAAUGUACGAUGAACCAGAAAUCGAAACUCAUGCAAACUCUCGUCAAAAUUCCACGGAAGAACCUGAACCAGCAGAAACUCCUGCGGGAGUCAAACGCAAAGCUGAUGAUCUCGUAUCGCCCGGAUUUCACACCGAAAAACGACGUUUCAAGGCAGAUUUCUCCGAUAGUCUCAAGAAAUUGCGUUCAGUGCCGGAUCCAAUACCCAUCGAAGAACUGUACUCGGCCAGUCAAUUGCCUCCUCCCUUAGAAGUUGUACCGGAAAUGAAACAGCCUGACUACAAAGUCAAGCUUUUUAACAAAACAAAGGAGCGGAAGGCACAUAAUCGAGUCGAAAAGAAGGAAUCCGACAAAAAAUUGGAGAAUAAACGUGAGAAAAAGGAACAAAACAAAAAGAAAGAUACACCAAAGACAUUUAAAAUACCAAAAGUCACGGACAAACCGAAAAAAUCACCACUAGAAAGACGUGAUUCCGACGACGGUUUGAAAGCAUUCGUGAAAGAACUUGAAGAAGCAACAUCUGAUGAUCCAAAACCUCAUGAAAAUGGACAAGAAGCAGGUCCAUCUAAAGAUCCGAAGAAGCAGAAGAAAGAAAAUAUUUCCGAAAAUAUUCCGAAUAAGCCGCUAGUUGCUUCUACGCCACACAAAUUUGCUGUUCCUCGUGCUCCAGAUCGACGACCUUCCUUGGAUGUGCCACCGAGCCCAUUCUUGAGUGCCGAAACCUUCAACAGAGAAUCUCAACAACGUAAAACCCCGACUCUUGCUCUUCGACGACAAUCAUUGGAUGUGCCGCCAAGUCCGUUUCUGAGUUCGGAUCCAUCUUGGCAGCGAGAAACUUCAGCGAUUGAUGUAGCACCUGUGAUCCCUUACAAUUGCAAGGAUAUUUUAUCUGAUGUUCUUUCGUGGAACGUCGAUUGGAUUGGAGCAGAAGAUGCACCAAUUGUUGACAAUCAAAAGACGCUUCUUGGUGUAUCGAACACUUAUCCGUCAUAUGGACAUUAUGUGAAUGUCAUGGUACCUUUACUCAAACUAGAGCUUUUCCAUUCCAUUGUCGAAGCAUAUCCUCGCAAAAUCAUCAAACCUCCGACGAAGGCAAUACUAAUCAACAACAAUGGUGAUUACAACAACAAAUUCAACAACAACAAGCUCAUUUCCAUUCAAGUGAAAAUUUUAUCGGAAAUUUCGCGCGAAAAUUUUUUCACUAAUAUACGUCAAGGAACCCUCAUCGUCAUUACGACCCUCGCAAAAGAGCAAUUUUUCGGCUACAUUACUCGCGUUAUCGAUCACAACAUGAAAAAAAUUACUCUUAGCAUCUUGGUACCUUAUAAAUUUCCAUUUGCUCAAAUAUUGAAUCACCAAAUCGACAUUUGUUUCGUGGAAUAUAUAAAAGUCGAAAUGGAAACAUUUUUAAUGCUAAAAGAUCUCCCACAAUCGCCGUUACUGAACCUAGUACUCAAACCCAAUCUCAUAAGUUACAACAAAAACGUCAGCAAGCCAAAAAAAAUUCACGGAAAAGAAAAGCUGAAUGAGCAUCAAUUCAUGGCCAUGAGCCAAGUCACGGUAAAUAUCGAUCAAAAUGGUAGCAAACCGCACGUCUUUCUGAUCGAAGGACCUCCGGGAACGGGCAAAUCACGUCUAAUCGCGAGUAUCAUCAUGCAAUUCGUGCGGAGUACGGAAAAUAAGAACAAAAAUCUCCGCAUUCUCGUGUGUGCCCCGAGUAACAAUGCCGUCGACGUACUGACAGAAAAGCUGAUCACUUACCGGAGCCGUUGUCAGAACCCUGAAGACCGAAAAAUGCUGAAAAUUGUUCGAUUUGGCGACAAAAUUGGCAUUAAAACUGUCAACGAGUACAGCAUUUCUAGUUUAUUGGAGGCAGAAGUGGAACGUUUGUACACGAAUAUUGCAAACCAGUUUGGAGACGACACGGAGGAGCAAAAGGAACGAAAAAGUUUAAUGUCUAAAAUCCACGAAUCGUACAAUAUGAAGCGAAAAACAGAAUCCUCUUCUGAACGCAGUGUCAUUGAGAAGGAAAUAUUCCAACUAAAACUAAAUUUGCGCGAGAUUGAGAAGAAAAUGUAUCUCAUGAGGAAAACUCGACGAGACAUGGAAGCUUUUCGUCAAAAAACGCGAUUUACCUUACUCGACGGAGCAAAUAUCGUGGCAUCAACACUCACUUCUCUGCCAUCGUUGUACAAUAAUUGCAGCAAAAAAUUCGACAUUGCCAUAAUUGAUGAAGCCACACAAGCAACGGAAACUUCCACCCUCAUGACUCUCGGUUUGGGCGUCCGACAUUUGAUAAUGGUUGGCGACACGAAGCAAUUACCCGCGAUGAUUCGGAAUCAGCAAGCGAAAGAACUGGGACUUGGAACAUCGCUUUUUGCACGAAUGCGCGCAGCUUCAGACUACUUUUUGACACUGAAAAAGCAAUACAGAAUGGAUCCGGAAAUCCUAAAAUUUAGCAAUUCGUACUUUUACAAUAACAUGAUUGAGAGUGGGACGGUGGUUUAUCAAAAGGACUCGUAUAAUCUCAAACCCUAUUUGGUUUUUGAGCUGGAAAGUGAGCAAAAUAUGACGCAGAAUCCACAUUGCUACAACACGGAUGAGAUUGAUUUCGUCAUUAACUUGUUGAGGACCAUAACGGGACUGUUGCCAUCAAAUUCAACGUACUCAAUUGGGGUUGUGACGCCUUAUGCUAAGCAGAAACAGUUGAUAGAGAAGAAAUUAUCGCAAGACCACAAACCCAACAUCUCCGUUUAUACAAUCGAUGCCAUCCAAGGACAAGAAAAGGACAUUAUCGUCUUCUCUUGCGUCCGCACUGAGGGAGUUGGAUUCCUUUCGAGCCCCGAGAGACUAAAUGUUGCCUUAACGCGUGCCAAAAAGAGCCUUUUUAUCUGCGGGAACUUCAUGUCACUCCGCCGCGUCGAGAUUUGGGAAAAACUUUUGGCAGAUGCUGAGCGACGAAAUUUGUACAUCGACGAUAUUUAUGACUUACCAAAGCAUUUACUACGCUAAAUAUUUUUUUAAGUUAGAUCAUUGUAGUUAAUGAUAGAAAAAUAAAGACAA